CUCGGUACUACCUGCAUCCAUACCAAGACACUGAAAAUUUCAGCGAUAAUGACAGUUAUCACUGCUUUGAACAACUUUUUGUGAACAAUUAAGAAGCCGCAUUCGUGUGCGCUAGGAUGUCCAAAGACGUCGUGUUGUACUCAUUCUGGCGAAGUUCCUGCACCUGGCGUGUGCGGAACGCACUGAACCUUAAGAAAAUCCUCUAUGACCUCAAGCCGAUAGAUUUAUAUAAAUCCGGGGGUGGAGAACAGUUUAAAGAUGAGUUCCGUCAACUGAACCCCAUGCAGCAGGUUCCCGCACUGACAAUCGACGGUAACACAAUUAUCGAGUCAAUGGCAAUACUUCACUAUCUAGAAGAAACGCGACCAGAAAUACCUCUACUACCGCAGGAUAAGCUACAACGUGCAAAGGUUCGAGAAAUCUGCGAGGUGAUCACAUCCGGUAUCCAGCCCUUCCAGAACUCCAGUACCUUCGCUUACAUCGGUAAAGAAAAGUCACUCGAAUGGGCUCAGUACUGGAUCGCGCGAGGAUUUCGUGCCGUAGAGCAGCUGCUUGCGGUUUCGGCCGGCAAAUAUUGCCUCGGGGAUCAAAUCACGCUGGCCGACUGCUGUCUGGUGCCGCAGGUAUUUAACGCACGCCUGUACAAGGUGGACCUUGAUCCGUACCCUACGAUUAUCCGUAUUGAUGGGGAGCUGGCGAAACAUCCGGCCUUCCAAGCCGCGCAUCCUUACAAUCAGGUGGACUGCCCACCGGAUCUUGUCAACAAAAUGUAAAGGGUAGUUUCAUCUUGUACAGGCUUCUAUCUUGCGGAAUUAUUCUGGUAUUUACUUCUAGGGGUCAUUCACAAAUUACGUAAGGGUUUAGGGGGGGGGAGGGGGGUAUCUAAAACUACUUCAUUUCUACUUGAUUUCAAAUUUUAUUUACUUUAACAUGAUAUUAACUGAGUUAACUUGUUUUGUUUUUAUCCUCUACGAAUACGCUUUAUGUAAAACAAAUGUUUCAUCUUCGAAAAUAUUUUUUUCCUUGAAGAAAAAAUCUUACGUACGAUUCAUAGGGGGGAGGGGUUUAAUGCAAAAUUUUACUAAGCCUU